GACGUCAGUAAUGGCGGGCGAUCGACCGACGUCAUGCAGUCACUCACCUCGGAAUGGUGGCCAGGCCCCCCGUCCUGGACCACAUAAAGACCCUCGGAUCCCUCCCAUGUAGUCCCUCAGUUACCCAGAUACUCUCAUUCACCACAUCAUACCCACCAUGGGAUCGAUAUUCUCAGCCAUCGGCUCUGGCAUCAACGCUAUAAUUUCUGCCAUUGCGAAUGUCGUUAUGACCGUUGUCGGGGCCAUCACAACUGUUCGUGACGAUACGAUUUAUUGUGGGCACGCGGGCCAACAUGCUGAUUCUCUCCCUCCUAUACAGGUCAUUGUGACGAUCUUCGAUGUCAUUGUUGAUAUACUUUGCUGCAGAUGCUUCGGUUCACGCCGAUCAAGCUCACGCUACCGACGACGGAGAGGUGUUUACUGAGCGCGAUGCAUUCUGGAGAGAGCGCGGCCACACCCUGCCACCCGACAGUAGCGAAUAUAUCUUAAUAGUCUUGAAUCAGG